AUGUCGAACGCAAGAGGAGCACAAGGACGCAAUCCUCGCCCCCCCAGCUCCCGAGCCUCAACUACCGGAGCAAGCGACGGCAUCCCACUUUUUUCUGACGAACUUUUCUCUCGUACCCAAGGCGCAGCCGCAUCGAGCAGCGUGCCUAGCUCACCACGACGAAAUAACGGCCGUCGUAAACAGUCGGAUAUUGCAGAACCGCAAGUGAUUGAUGAGGAGCUCUUAAGGAAUGGAAUUGCGGUUGACGGUUCGCAAGGCACAGACGACCCAACGGAACCGAAGGACUUCGCGACCGUUCAGAGUCUUGCUUUGAGUUACAAGAAUAUUAUGUUCAUUGAAAAUCUUGAGACCUUCACAGGGUUGACUACACUGCGACUCGAUAACAACGUCAUCGAGAAGAUCGAGAAUCUGAGUCACUUGGUGAACCUUGUUUGGUUGGAUUUGUCUUUUAACAACAUCUCGGAAAUCAGUGGUCUCUCCAACCUGGCAAACCUAACCGACCUCUCUCUGUACUCCAACAGGAUUUCCAAGAUCGGCUCGGGACUCGAAGGAUGUCUUAAACUGAAUGUGCUAUCACUAGGCAGGAACGCCAUUGUGGACUUGUCGGAAAUUCACCACCUGCGCAGAUACCCCAACUUGCAGUGCUUGAACCUCGACGGCAAUCCGCUCUGCAAGGCAGAAAACUACACACCAUACAUUCUCGCGUUUCUGCCGAAGCUUCGCUACCUCGAUUACCAGUUAAUUGACCGGCGGAAAAUCGUUGCGGUCCAAGAGUCAGUCCAGCCCGAGGAGCUAACGGACAUGAAAAAACAAGAAAGUGUGGAAGCCGCGUUGACUGAACAGCAGAAGAAGCGCGAAAAAACAACCAAGCACCUUGCGGCGAAUUUCUGCGCAUUCCUCGAUGACGUGGCGAACCGGUUCUUCGGCGAGUCUGUCAUCCCCGUCCCAGUCACUGUCCUCAAAGACUUCCCACUUCUGAGAGACACCUUUCUGGAAAAGUUGGAAAUCCUCGCCACAAAUCUUAGGCAAUCCUUUGAGCAACAAAGUCGGAGGCGGCGACAGCGAGUGGCAGCGUAUGAGGAAGCUGUCCAAAGGGCCGUUCUCGAGAGCGAAGAUGAGGCGAGAAGGUUACUGAAACAGAUGCAAAGCAGAAAAAAGAAAGUCGAGAAAGAGUUAGAUCUAUACUUUGGUGAACGGCAAGAAAUUCUCAAUCGGAUAUCCACGGCGAAUGCCCAACCUACCAAGUUUCUGUUGACUUCCUUCUAUUCGGGGCAAAAGGACGACUCGACACGCCUCGCGCGCGACGAGGAGUUCCAGCGACUAGUGCACUCUCGCGCCCCUGAGCUGUUGGAGCAAGCGGCGGACUUUGUGGGCGAUGUGGACAAGCUGAGAUUCCACUUGAUGGCUGGUGAAGCGACGCUGCAGGAGAGUCUGGAAGAGAGUGUAGACACUCUCGAGGCGUCCGUCGACUCAACAAUGAAGCAUCUCCUGGAUCGGGGCUCGGACUUCUUCCGAAACCUCGAGGAAGCGGAGAGAACGUUUGGCAGCAGCCUCACAGAACUCGCGACAAAAGAACUGGAAGCCUUUCCCGCCGUCAUGAACGAAGAAACGAGUGAACUGCGCCUGAAAUAUUUAGGAAGAAAAGAAGAGGUCUUGACCGCGUGCAGCACGUUGCUCGAGAUGCAUCUGCAGCUGUUGAUGUCCAUGGAAGACACCAUGCAGAGCAGCAUCAGUGCUUGGCAGCGGCAGUACUUCGAAAACGAGCGCGGGUCUCAGUAUGAACGCCAUCGACGACAUAUCGAAGAGAUUCACCAAGCAACUGAAGACUUGACGGCGAAAGUCCUCCACUGUCAGAAGCGCAUAAUUCGAGACCGAGAAGACAUUCGAAGACACGCCGACGGUGCCAGCGAAGACUCGCCUCUCAGGCCUGACUUAGGCGAAGACGAACAUCUCUCACGAGGCGCCGAAAGCGACAACCAGUCCGAAUCUGAGAUGAUGGAGUAA